UCUAGGGCGUGCUUAUCAUUUUAUCUUGUAUUUGUUUGAGAUAAAAUUUACACGAAAAAAAUGUCUCAGUAUGACUGUAACGGUUAUUGUAUCAACCUGUUCAAGCGAAAUUUUGAGAACAAAAAAAAAGUGAUUUUGUGAAUUUACCAGUGCGUGAAAACUAUUCCAAAAAAAAAAAAAAAGUUUUUUCGUAGUCAAAAAAUGGCUGGAACGAAAGGACUCGACUCAGCGCGAUUAGAAAGACAAAUUGGGUGCAUUAAGUACACGAUAUUUUCUUUCAAUGCAAUUCUAUGGAUUUUAGGGGGCGGAAUGUUUGGCUUAGCCGUUUGGUUGCGUGUCGAACCUGGUUUCCAAGAGUGGGUUGACUUUCUAGACAUAGGUGACUAUUAUAUCGGCACAUAUAUAUUAAUUAUUGCCGCAGUUAUUGUUAUGAUAAUUGCAUUUUUUGGAUCGGCUGCUGCGUUAAUGGAAAGCCCUCUAUUCCUCUAUAUCAAUAUUGGACUCCAGUUAUUUGCUUUUGUCUUCGGAUUAGCGGGCGCCGCAGUUUUGUUGGACUACUCAACUUAUGACAGCAAAAUCCAACCAAUAAUACAUCGAUCGAUGACGUCAUUAAUCAUUAAUUCACAAUAUGAAAGGCCGUCACAAAUUUUAAAAAUCGUCCAAGAAAAUAUCGGUUGCUGUGGCGCUAAAGGACCGAUGGAUUAUUUAGAUUUAUUGAAGCCACUGCCUACAGAAUGUCGCGAUACCGUAACCGGAAAUGCAUUUUUUCACGGCUGCGUUGAUGAAUUGACUUGGUAUCUCGAAUCGAGAUCCGGGUGGCUCGCUGGUCUAGCACUCGCUCUUUGUAUGUUGCACAUUAUCCAAGCGGUUUUGUCAUUAAUUUUAAUCCAGGCGAAACAAAAAGAAGACGAUGCUGUAAUUUUUAAACGUUAGGGUAAAAAAAAAAUAUACAGAUAAUUAUAAUACUUUUUUUUUAUUAUAAAUAUAAUCAAGUACAUUAAAAAUUUUUUUAUCUGAUUUAUAUAUAGGUAGAUUGAUAGAAAAUUCAAUUCUCUUUAAAAUGAGUACCCACAAGCUAUACUUAUUUUUGAUAUUU